AUGUCUGAAACAUUACAAUUAAGAGGAACCCUCCGUGGGCAUAAUGGAUGGGUUACUCAGAUUGCCACCAACCCUAAAUAUCCUGACAUGAUUUUGUCAUGUUCCCGAGACAAGACUCUCAUCGUUUGGAAGUUGAAUAGGGAUGAUUCCAACUAUGGAAUACCUCAAAAGAGGUUACAUGGUCAUUCUCAUUUCGUCAGUGAUGUAGUUCUCUCCUCUGACGGAAAUUAUGCACUAUCUGGUUCCUGGGACAAAACUCUUCGUCUGUGGGAUCUUGCAGCUGGAAAAACUACCAGGAGAUUUGAAGAUCAUACUAAGGACGUGUUGAGUGUUGCCUUUUCUGUUGACAAUAGGCAGAUUGUAUCUGGUAGCAGGGAUCGCACCAUUAAACUCUGGAAUACAUUAGCAGAAUGCAAAUAUACCAUUCAGGAGGACAUCCACAAUGACUGGGUAUCUUGUGUGCGAUUUUCUCCUAAUCAUCAAAAUCCCAUCAUUGUUUCCUGUGGUUGGGAUAAAAUUGUUAAGGUUUGGAACCUUGCCAACUGCAAGUUGAAAAUAAAUCAUAAUAAGCACACCGGAUAUCUUAACACUGUUACUGUUUCUCCAGAUGGAUCUCUUUGCGCAUCAGGAGGAAAAGACUGCAAAGCCAUGUUGUGGGACCUCAAUGAUGGAAAACAUCUUCAUACUCUUGACCAUAAUGACAUCAUUACAGCGUUAUGUUUUAGCCCUAACAGAUAUUGGCUGUGUGCAGCUUUUGGACCUUCAAUCAAGAUUUGGGAUCUUGAAAGCAAAGAAAUGGUUGAAGAAUUAAAGCCGGAAGUUGUAUCACAAGCUCCUAAAGCUGAACCACCUCAGUGUCUGUCCCUUGCUUGGUCUACUGAUGGACAGACACUCUUUGCUGGUUACUCUGAUAACACCAUACGUGUAUGGCAAGUCUCAAUAUCAACACGAUAG